AUGUCAAAAGAUGCACCGUUUGGUGAGAGAUGUAUCAAUUGUCUCGAAGAUUCGAUGCAGGUCAUACUUAGAGGUAUCGGUCCUCUGUUUGUAGGAUUUGCAGUGGCACUCAUCACCUUUAUAGCAUAUAUUCACUUUGUUGUGUUCCUACCCGACUUGAUGUCGAUAGAAGGCAAUGGCUUGGCAGCAUCGAUACACUACCUCAUCUCAUUCAUACUCUUAUUCAACCUGACAUUCAACUAUUUCAUGGUGAUACGUACACCACCCGGUGAAACACCUCGCGAAUCCGACUACACCGAUCAACAACUCGAAGCGUUCAAUCAAAUCAAAGUAAUCAAAAAGAGUGAAAGUUUUACAAAGUUUUGUGUAACCUGUCGUUUACCAAAGAUGGAUCGUGCACAUCAUUGUCAAAUUUCAAAAGCACGCGGUGAACUCUACAAGAAUCCCUACGACAAUGGAUGCGCCAAUAAUUUCAAUGACUUUUUCAAUUUCGGUAUGAAUCGUAGUUGGUGGAUGUUUGCAGUACCUACAUUCCAGACACCUAGUUCAUUAAAGAAGAACGAUCCAUCUGAUAUUGUAUAA